AUGCAACUGAAUUACUUGGACUUGAGUGACAAUGAACUGAAUUACUUGGACUUGAGUAACAAUGCGUUAACCGGUGAAAUCCCAUCUGAGAUUUGCAACUUACUUAAGCUCCGAGAAUUCCACCUCAACUCAAACCAGCUAGAGGGCUCGAUUCCGGUUCAAAUUGGCAACCUCACAAGCUUGAAAUGGUUGAUUCUUUAUGAAAACCAGCUCAAUGGAGAAAUACCCAAUACCAUAGGCAACUUGAAGAACCUCCAAGUGAUGAGAGCUGGUAAGAACAAGAACCUUGGAGGCAUUAUACCCCGAGAAAUCUGGAAUUGUACCGAGUUGACCAUGUUAGGCCUGGUCGAAACAAGCGUCUCGGGUUUACUUCCUCCAAGUCUUGGUCUCCUAAAGAAGCUUGAAAACAUAUACAUCUGGAAUACUCUCUUCUCCGGCCAAAUCCCACCUGAAAUUGGCGACUGUACCGCCCUCCAAGAAAUCUCCCUCUCUCAAAACUCGCUCACUGGUUCAAUACCGAAAAGUAUCGGAAACCUCAAAAACCUCCGAAUUCUUUCUCUCUGGCAGAACAACUUGGUGGGUACUAUUCCAUCAGAGCUUGGGAAUUGCAAGAAGUUAACAGUUCUCGAUGUUUCGUCGAACUCGCUAACCGGAAACAUUCCACAAAGUUUCGGAAACUUAUCGGCUUUGCAAGACCUCGGACUCAGUAUGAAGCAAAUAUCGGGAAGAAUUCCAGCACAACUAGAAAACUGUAAGGAGCUCACUCAAAUCGAUUUAGACAACAACAAUAUCGCGAGUACGAUACCAUCUGAAAUCGGAAACCUUACGAAACUUCAACUGCUUUUCUUGUGGAAAAAUAAGUUAAUGGGUUCCAUUCCAUCCUCAAUUUCCAAAUGUCAGAAUCUCGAAGAGCUUGAUUUUUCUUAUAACAGUUUGACUGGGAAUAUUCCCAAAGGAAUCUUUCAGCUCAAGAAGCUAAAAAUGCUCUUGCUUCUUUCAAACGAUUUAUAUGGCGAAAUACCAGAAAAUAUUGGGAACUGUUCGUCUUUGUUUCGGUUCCGAGUUAAUGAUAACAAGCUUACUGGACCAAUAUCGAGAGAGAUUGGGAACCUGGAAAAUUUGGAUGCCUUGGAUCUCGGAUCGAAUCAGAUUUCGGGAAAUGUACCGCCCGAGAUAUUGGGCUGCCGAAACUUGACGAAUCUGGAUUUGCAUUCUAAUUUGAUCACCGAAAACUUCCCUGAGUUAAGCCGCCUUGUUUCUUUGAAAUUUGUUGAUUUUUCAGAUAAUUUGAUUGAAGGUACUUGGUCACUUCAUUACAAUAACUUGAGAAGUCUUAAACUAGCCAGCAAUCAAUUAGAAGGGUCAUUGCCAUGUUCAUUGGUCAAUUGCAAAAAAUUGAAAAUUCUAGAUGUUUCAAACAACAAGGUUAACGACACAUUCCCUCGUUGGUUAGUAAAUCUUCCAGAGUUGCGGGUUCUCCUAUUGCGAUCAAACAACUUUCAUGGUUCAAUAGGCAAUCACAAGACUAAGUUCUCAUUCCCUAAUUUGAGAAUCAUAGACCUCUCUCACAAUAUGUUCCAUGGUCAUUUGCCAUCAAACUUUUUCAAGAAUUUAAUAGCCAUGAUGAAUGGGAAUGUGGAGAAAGGUAAACUACAACAUAUGGGUGAUACUUAUUAUCAUGAUUCUAUUACGAUUGAUAUUAAAGGGAAUUAUAUUGAUGUGGUGAAUAUACAACUCUAUUGA